AUGUUAUCAUCAGUUAUUGGACAAACUUUGAAUUUAAUUUUGGGAGAAAUUUCUAAGCCGAUUACCAACGUAAACUCAGACUGUUCCUUUAAGAUGGAAUGCGUAAAAACAAUGAACAUUUUAGUUAAAGAGUUUGGAAAGAGCUUGCAAGAUGCCGUUAUUCACGUACUACAAUCAACUUGUUCUUCGCUGGGUAGUGAAUAUGAAAUUUAUUUUAAACAUGCGAUCCUUUCACCUAAUGAAAGUGGAAUUGCGACAAGCCAGAUUGCAGAAAAGUUUGACACUGAGGGAGAAAGUAUCAACUUUACAACAGUCAUUUGUCAGCAAAUAGAGUUGCUAGCUACUAUUGUAUGCAAUCGUCAACUUUCCAAGAUACUUUCAGCCAACAAAAAUAAUUUGGUCCAAUUAACUUAUUUACUUUUAGGAUAUUGUCAAUUACCUCAGCAUUUGAUGGAAUUGUGGGAAGAAAAUCCCGAACAGUUUGUUUCAGAAGAAGACAAUCAAUUCUCGAGUUACAGUAUUAGGACAGCAUGUCUGAAAUUACUUGAAGACUUUAACGAGACCUAUGACACUAUGGCUAUUGAGAGCCUGUUAGAUGCUUACAACAAGAGAAUGCAAGAAUCUCAAUCGUUAUAUCUUCAAAAUCCUAAUGGAAGCACUUGGUGGAAGUUGAGAGAGGCUUCCCUAAUGAGCAUUUCUAGCUUUACUGAAUUUAGAGAUCACAUUGAAGACAAUCCAAAAACUUUUGACCUAGUAUCUUUGAUCGCUCAACUAGUCGGCAACGACUUAAAGGUUUCCUCAGACCAUUUACCAUUUUUGAAAUCAAGAGCCAUCCAAUGCUCGAGCUACUUUUUGAAUCAAAUUUCAAAUUCCAAAUUGUUCACUGUCAAUUUGGGUAUGAUCAAAGAAUUAUUUAUAACUUAUGUAAACCACAUGACGGAGAAUCAGCCAAUACCAAUUAGAUUGUACUCAUGUCAAGCUACAGCUAGAGUUUUUUGUUUAGAAAAGGAAUUGUUGGGCACUUUGUUAUCUUCAUUUGGAUUGAGCAGAGAUGAGCUGUUACAUGGUAUUUUGGCAAGCAUGUGCAAACUUGUGAAUGACAUUGGAGACGAACCCAUGUACAUUCCAUUGGAAAGUAUCGCUGUUUUUGUUAAUUUCCUUCCUCAAGUUGUUAUUCCUCAUAGUGAAACCGUUAUUUCAAUAAUGCUCACUCAGCUAAACAAAUUUUCGAACGACAGAACUAUUGCAAGUGAUAUUAUCAAUGUUUUUGAUAAAUUGGCAGAAAUUCCAGAAACUGAAGCCCAACUUGUCAACAAUGUCGUUCCCAAAAUUUCUCAAAUACUCACAAGCUCUGCAACUGCAACAACUCCAGAUUUUAUUGAGAAUUUACUUGACCUUUCUCGCACAAUCAUUAUACAUGCUAAAAAAGAGGACAUACUUACUGUUUUAAACAUUUUGUAUCCAAGUUUGAUGAAUUUGGGAUUUUCUAAUGACGAACCAGCAUGGAUACAAAAGAUCACAGAGUUAUCUUCAUUCCAGUUCUUAUUAGAGUACAUUGGUAGACUUCUUCAACCAAAUUUCAAUGAUUCAGCCGCUUUUGGAGUAGGAGAACUUGUGACUGAAAUAUUUGCCAAACUAGGUCCAGCUCUUAACAUGGAUAUUAUUGGACAAAUCAUCAAAGCUUGUGUUCUUAAGCUUUCAAUUUCCAAUGAUUUAUUAUUUAUUCAAUCAAUAGUGUUUAUUUUUGCAAAACUCUUCCACCACCAAGAUAUUGUACAAAUGUUUUCUCUACUUGAAUCUAUUACGAAUGUAAAGGACUAUGAGAAUGGAUUGACCUGUGUGUUGAGCAAGUGGGCAUAUAAUCAACAAUUCUUUUUUGGCCUUUAUAAAUUAAAGGUCACAUCCACUGCUCUUGCAAAGGUUUUACAAACAGGAGAUGCUCGUUUAACAAGUGUCAAUGUUGCUAUGGAAGUGAAGGAAUCAACGACUGGUUAUCGAACAAGGUCCAAAAAGAUUAAGGAAAGACAAGUUCCUUUCGUGUUGUAUGCGUUCAUGCUUCUCAUUGAUGCCUAUAUUCGAGCUUUAGAAGCCAAAGAAGAAGAAAAGAAUGAAGCAACGUUUGAAGGAAUGAUGUAUGGAGGUGGUUUUGAUGAUGAAGAUCCAUUUGUGCCACAAGACGAAUAUUUGAAUCAAUUGGCUCAAGGAGGAGGCGACUUUUCAGAUGACGAAGGAGAUGAAGAUGAUACUCUAUCAAGCAAAGAUCCAAUCAAUAAUGUUGAUCUCGAAACAACUUUGCCUGAGGUUAUGAAAGAAUUGUGUUCUGUGAAUCAACAGGUACUGACUCACUUGGAAAAGAUUUUGACAGACAAACAAAAGCAGGCCCUUCAGCAAAUGCUCAAUCCACAACAAUAA